ACAAAUCAAAGGUUGAUGCGGUGGAGUAUUUUCAUGCAAGCCUUCAAUGUUGAGGUCAAACACAUUCGUGGCAAGGAUAAUGUGUUGGCUGAUGCAUUGUCGCGCUUAUAAUAUAGCAGUUAUUGUGUGUUGUUAACCUGUCUGGUGUGUGGAAUGAGUGGUGGUGAGCACGUCUGUCAACUAAGGUUGAUUGUUGUGAUUGUUUUGUUUAAUAAAAAAAUAAAUAAAAAAAUCACUAACUCAUGGUGGGGGUGUUACGUACUCCCCACCUUUUGUUGUCCUCUUUGUUCUCUCUGCUGUGCAGGUACACCUGGCUCCGCCUUCCCCAGGUGUUCCCAGUUGCCAAUCAGCCGAGCAUAAAAUAGGAGACUGAAGGAGAAGGAGGGCGCCGAUCACUACUCCGGAUGUCUCUGCUGUGUCAGAGCUCUUUUGCCUUUUUGUGGUGUUUCCUGGAGGACGUGUUAGUAUUAGGUUUUCGCAGCUUAAUUUCUCCCGUUAGGUUCUGUUGGAUUUUGGGUAGCGGAGGAAGGCUCUGGAUCCUACGGCCCGUGGUGUGGUUGGCCCAAGUCCCCUCCGUCUUUUUGUUUGUUUUACCUGUCCUCCAGUGGAAUGAUUUAGUAUUGUGGCAAUAAAUGUAUGAUCACAGUUUAGUGCCUAUGUGUUGUGUACUUUUGUUUUAUAUUGCGGACUGCCUCACGAGCCACUACUAUUGAGUAGGGAGGCGGGUCGUAACAGCCGGAGAAUUGACAAGACAUGUCACGGGCCACGAGUUGACCACACGGUUGAGAUGCCACAUCAAUUCUGAAGAACCCUCCUGUAGUUCCAGAGCUCCCUCAGCAACAUGUCUGUAAUGAGGAGGAGGUUCUUACUGACCAGCAGCUCUGUAGUCAGGAAAGGAACUCCAGUCUGGACCAAGAGGACCCAGAGCCUCCACAGAUUAAAGAGGAACAGGAGGAACUUUGCACCAGUCAGGAGGAAGAGCAGCUUGAACUAAAACAGGAGACUCAUGUCUUCAUGGUGACUCUUACUGAUGAGGAAAGUGUGCACAGCGGUCAGACGUGUGCAAAAGAGUCUGUAGGCAACAUGCCAGUUUUAAGCGUUGUGGUAUCAGAAGCACAAAGUAAUCUGCAGCUCAUCUCUCACAAUUCUAAUAACGCAGGGUUAACAAGAACUGCCGAUCCAGUAAUAGACAAAAUGCAUCACAAAACCAAAAUGAACAAAAUAAACAACGCUAACUUGUCAGACAUGCAACGUAAUACUUGCACAGUGAAGAAUUUCAAAUGUGAAAUUUGUGGGAAAGAUUUUAAGUACAUGUCAUUAUUGCGAAGACACAUGACCACCCACACGGAUGAGAAGCCAUAUUCUUGCAAAACAUGUGGAAGAGAUUUCAGAGAAAGUAGUUCCUUGAAGCAACACAUGCAAGUCCACACCGGUGAGAAGAAAUAUACUUGCAAAACAUGUGAAAAAAAAUUCAAAUUGAACUGUAACUUUAAGAGACAUGUGAGAGUCCACACAGGUGAGAAACCAUAUGUUUGCCUGACCUGCGGGAAAAGCUUCGUUGAGACGUCAAGAUUAAAAAGGCAUAUGAGAGUCCACACAGGUGAGAAACCGUAUGUUUGCAUGACCUGCGGGAAAAGCUUCAUUGACAUGUCAACAUUAAAAAGGCAUAUGAAAGUCCACACAGGUGAGAAACCGUUUACUUGUAAAGCAUGUGGGAACAAUUUCAGACGUAACGAUGAAUUAUUGAUCCACAUGAGAAGGAUUCACGCUGCAGAGAAGGCAUAACUUUGAAUUGCAAAGGUAUUACAUGGUUUACACCAACAAGUAGAUUUCCAUAUGUACCCACACAAGUGACAAGGCACAUAAAUGCAGCACUUUUUUCAUCUGGAUGAAUGUUCACCAGGCAGCUACCUCUGGGACUGAGCAAUGCAACCUAUGCUGAAGAUUUAAAAAAACUGCAAUUAAGUUGCAAAUAGAUUCUUUAA